GCGGGAAGACCUCUCAACCCACAACCACCACUUGCGUCGAAUCUCAAAUUCAAUAGGGAAUCGCUAUUCCAUCAAUCCAAACCAAGAUAGCAACGCGAUCACAACAAUUUACUUUAACGGCCUUUCGAGUUCAGAGCCAUUUCUCUUGUUCACACGAUUAGAAUCAUCGAUUUUUUAAUCUUAUCUCAUCAUAAUUCGAUUGAGAAAAAAUGAAUUCAGCAACAGCAGCGUGUCUAUUGCGGCGAGUUAUUGUAGCACAGCAGUCUCUUCGACAUGGAGCGGCUAUCGAAAGAGCGACGAGAAUGGCUGCGUCAAAGAUCACAAAAUCGGCACAUCCUUCUUCGGCGGCAACAAUAAUACGGUUCUUCGGAACGCCCGCCRAGAAAGUAGCAGAAAGYUCCUCCACUACCGCAGCUGUAGUCACUGAUAGUGACAACUACGAGAAACUCGUCGAAGCAAACAUCAAAAAAUUGUUAUCAGAUGAUAGUCAAGAAGAAGUGAAACCGAUUUCAAACGAAGAUUUGGAAAUUCGGCUCGAACACUAUAAGGUACGAUUGUUGUAUAAAAUACAGAACAGGACAAGUGAUAAUUUUUCCACCCACAAACAUUUGUUCUCACCCCGUAAUCUAAAUUUUUUCAACCACUUUCAAUCUGGGUGAAUAACAGASAGUAUUUCAUGAAGCCGAGCUCUGUUUGAGCGACCUUCGAGAAACUCUCUUUGAGGCRGACGACAAACAAUACAGAGAAGAAACAAAAUGCGCGGAGGGAGCAGUAAACAAUGCAUUCACAGCAUACGUUGAUCUUUUGGAGGAUCUCCAAAGGUCCAGCGAGGAGCAGCUAUCAGUUUAUGGUGAGGUACGAAACAAUCAUGCCUGUAAUUUACGACGCCUUCGAAGUGAAUUGGAUAAGAUCAUUGAGGUAGCGGACAACAGAGUCCGAGCUUCGUCGUGAUCACAAAAUGUUUGGGUUAGUAUUUUCAGCGCCAUGAACUCGGGCUUCAAAAAUCGCUUCCCAAGUUAGACCCAUCAAUGCACGGUACUCGCAGAACUGCCUAAAAUUUUCUGUAUUUGAGAAGGGAUCUUCGAUGAAAGUUUCACGUGAUUGAAUUGUAUGAUGAAUCUCUACACCCAAAUCAAGCAAAAGUGCACAUUGUAGGUUUUACCAUGAAUUAUGCUCUCUGUUUGGCCGAUCUUUACCCUCCAAGCUCGAAAAUCUGAGCUUAUUGUCGGAAUCUACACGAUUGUUUUUCAACAUUUUCUUGCAAGAUGUUUAGCCACCUUCUAGGAAAGAAAAAAAUUCAUGUAUUUGAAAAUAAAAUCUAUGUUACAUUAUCUCUCUUUCAAGUGUACGCUGAUUACUCGACUUGAUAUCAAUGUCCGGGAACUUGGAUUUACACAAAGGAUUCCUCAAGAUUGCGAGAAAUCACGAGAAAACCAGAGAUUCCCGAGGAAAACACAUGUAGAGUUUUGUGAAUGAUGACCUACAGGUAAGAUACACAAGGAGGGAUCUUAGCUCUAAAAAUUGAUAAACAGUAGCAUUAAGCGGUUGUUAUUUCUCAAUUGACAUGCUGAUGUUUGCAACAAGCAGUUUUAUGUUUUCGUUUCCUGUUCCGUCCA